AUGCAGGUCACAGGCGUGUCCACAGGAAAUGUUAUUGUUCAGAGGAUGACUGAAGUGCGCACCACGUUAUGUAAUACCAAGAGUACGGCGUCCGUGGUGUAUGCUGUGAUGGACACUCACCUUGAACAUGUCAUUAUAGGCUUGAACGCGUUUUCGCAGUUUGGCAUUGGUCUCGAGUGUUCACAACCUAGGCAAGUAGUAGUGGCGGCGCGGCUAGUCAUUCCAGCGGGAACGAGUAAGCUAUUACAGGUCACAGGUGGUGUUAGCACAGAUACGUUGUUUAGCGAACACCAUGCAGUGCCUGACUGUUAUCACAUGAUGGAUGUUCAAACAGUCCCUGUGACAAAUACAUCGGUAGAACCCCUGGUGUUUCAAAAAGGACUAGUAAUCGGUGUAUGGCACAGUAAUGACUCAGUUAGCGUAAACACCUUAGUAGCGUUCCAUUCGGAUAGCUCCCUGAGAGCAUAA